CAAAUAUGAAACCACUCGCGAGCCGGCGAGUGCUUAUCGCGUCGGAAUGGGCUCACCCCUCAAGGUUGGGCGGCCCGGUGCGGUGACCCGUCCCCGUCCCCGUCCCAUCUUAGCGGGACUGGCCAACACCAUAUCGGGCCAACUGUCGUGGAUGCUCUCAGUUGGGAUGUAAAGCCAAACAGAAUAUAUCAGUCUCAUUUCACAUUAUUUCCUCAAACAAAAAAUUGUGUAGUUUGGAUUCCAUUUGUAGUAUUAUCGAAAAAAUUGUCGUGAGAUCUCCGGCGCAGCACAUGCCGCUGCCGCUGCCUAUCGCUCGCCUAACCUUCAAUCAGUUUACAAACAAUACUUUUAGCAAGGUCAAAGGUCUGUCUUUGUCAAUGGUCACAGCUUCUUCCGGUGGAGGCGGCGCAUUCACCACGCUCAAAGAGAGAGUCUCUUUUGACAAAGAAAUCAAGAAAAGCAAAUUCAUCGCCAUCGCCGCCCCUAUCUCUGAUGAGCCCUCCGCUUUCUCCUUUCUUUCCGAGGUUCGUGAAUCCCGUGCCACUCACAAUUGCUGGGCUUACAAGAUUGGAGAUCAGUUUCGGAGUAACGAUGACGGUGAACCAUCUGGAACAGCUGGCAAGCCAAUACAAUCGGCAAUUGAGUCUUCCGGAAUAGAUAGAGUUAUGGUGGUUGUUAUCAGGUACUUUGGAGGAAUCAAACUUGGCACUGGAGGAUUGGUUAGAGCUUACGGAGGUGUAGCUGCAGAAUGCUUAAAAAAUGGCCAAACUUGUCUUGUGAAAUCCAAAGUUCCUAUGGGUUUGGAGGUCACGUUUGAUCUUUUGGGAGUUCUAUACCACCAAGUAAAUAUCUCAUCAAGUUAUGUUAGCUUUAAAACAAAUACCUUCAAUCAUAUUAUUAUCAUAACUAUAAAUACCUUCAGUUUUCAUCCGACGACCCAAAGGAUAUAGUCCGACUACUGGGACUUGUUCUGGCGGCGGAGCCCUAAUUGGAUUCAGAUGACGUCACUGCAACAAACAAACACACCCUCUUCUGGAGUUCUGGAUGGUUAAAGUCGACGACGACGAUCACAUCGCGCUGAGAAACGCGGGCAACGACUACUUCUGCCUCAACGCGCACCAUAACCAACGGGACCAAAUUGAGAGUGCAGGAGCUGGUGUUGGAGAGGAAGAUCUACAACGUGGUGUAUCAGAUGGAGGACUCGAGGAUAUAUGGCAAGACGCCUUUUCUGGCGGGCUCGACCAUGCUCACCAACGACAUGGAUCACGAGAACACGAUGACAGACGAGAAAUCUUACUUGUUUACUCGGGGCGUGACUGUGAAAACAGGUGACGUUUCUGCAUCAUAAUUAGUUGUGUUCUUUAUUUACCAGUUCAGUCAUUAUCCGUACGUUUCUGCAUCAACAGGGGUGGAGACCAGCAUCAAAACGAAGGUGCCCUGGAUUACAGAAGCAGGGAUUAAAGUGUCGUUUGAGAUAAGCAGGUCGUUUCAGUGGGACGAAACCACCAAGACUACUACAACAGUUUCUGCUUCAGGCACAGUUCCUGUGCCGGCGAAGAGUAGGGCUGUAGUGGAUUAUGUUGGGACAAUAGGCACCUGCAAUAUCCCUUUUUCUUACUCUUAGGAAGACCACAGUUCCCUCAACGGUGCAGUUACUUAUUCCAAUCAGAUUGAUGGUAUCUACGAGGGAGUUAAUUGUUACAACUUCAACUUUCAUGUCAGAUCAACUCACACCCUCUGAACGAGUCGAGCAUGUCUAUAAGCUCCCUCCCUUCUGGGUUUUCUUUAUCAGUUGGUUUUCUUUAUCAGUUCUUUCCCAGAUUGUAUUGCACUCAAACCGGUCUUAGAACGUUUUCUUUGUCGCUUCUUUCCCAGAUCGAACCGGUCUUGGAACGUUCUAUGAAUGUCUUCUUUAUUUCACUCAUAAUAAAUCAUCAUUUCCUUA